AUGGGUUGCAAGCAGUGUAAAAUUUGGUUAACAAAGCAUGAAAAUCAGAACAAUCAUUUAACCACUGUCAACACUAGCCAAAACUCCAGUUCAAGUUCGAAUCAUGAACAACCAGUUUCUCUGUCAAAUCAACCUAAUAGUCAAAAAACAACACAUCGAGAAGAAAAAUGUACAUCAUUAGAUAAUUUACCAGUUGAACUCGUCUAUCAUCUAUUAGAUCGAUUGGAUACCGAUACGAUUUUUACAUCUCUUUAUAAUGUUUGUCCUCGGCUCAACUCAAUUAUUCAUCAAUAUGAUAAAUUUGAAUUAAAAUUAAUCUCAAUUUCCAUGUCUCAUUUUCAUCAUAUUUGUUCAUUGAUACGUCCUGAACAAAUUCGUUCUUUAACAUUAUCCGAUGGAAAUGAUAAUGUUGGUUUAGUUAGAAUUUUUCUUAAAAAAUUUCGUAUGGAAUCAUUUAAACGGCUUCAUUCUUUAACACUUGUAAAUAUUAACCAUAACGAAUACAUGAUAAAAAUAUUUCUUUCAAUGACAGAUCAACUUAGAAAACUUUCAAUAUUAAAUUCAAGUGAAAUUUACAAUGACACUAUUAUCGAUAUUCUAAUGACGAGUUGCGGAAAAAAAUCUUUAGAAAAAAUUUCUUUACACAUUGAAAAAAAUCGUUUUCUAAGCCCGACAAUUAUUUGGCCAGAUAAAUGUUUUCUAAAAGAAAUAAAACUAGCUGGAAUUUGUAGUCUCGCAUUGUUCAGAAAUAUUCUUCUACAGUCACCAAAUUUAAAAAAAUUUCAAGCCUAUGAUAUUGAUAUCGAUGAUGAAUGGAUUGAUGACGAUGAAAAUGAAGAGGUAGAAGAAAUUAAAAUACUUCCACUAGUGAAUGCUUCGAAUAUAAUUUCAUUAUCAUUAACUUCUGCGAGAAACGAAAUGGAAAAACUCGAAUGGUUAUUACCGCAAUGUACUCAAUUGAACUACUUUAAAUAUUUAAAUAUAUAUGAUUAUCAUAUGGAAUCAAUUUAUGAGAGUGACUAUUCAUUAAUAGAGGGCGAACGUUGGGAAAAAAUUAUUUAUAACUGUAAUCAAUUUGAAUUUAUUUUUACUAUUCAUAUUGAUGAUGAAUCUUGGAAUGUUCACCAAUGUGUGAAUUCAUUUAAGAGAAAACUUUGGCAAGAUAAAAAUUGGAAUAUUGCGUUUGAACAAUACGACAAAAUUCUGUUAAUUUAUUCAUUACCAUAUGCACACGAUGCACAUUAUUACGAUCGCUCGAUACUAUUCUCAAUACCCAAUAAUGCGAUUUUAUCAAUUAAAUCCUUUGAAAAUGUUACAAAACUACGCAUUAAUAUGGUUACAUUGAAUGAUUUAGGAAAAAAGAUAAUUGGUCCUCCUCGUUUCUCUAACGUUUCUCAACUUAUACUCGACGGACAAUGGCGAAAUCCAGAUACAAUAGAUUCUAUUGGUUCACUUGUUUGUCUAUCGAAUAUAACUAAAUUAAUACGCUUAGAACGUGUACCGACAUCAAUCUUUCGUACAUUUAUCUAUAGUUUAAUAAAUCUAGAAUCAUUAACAUUAACAACCUAUGUUCUUGACAGUAUGAAUGCUGCUAUGUUACAAUAUUUUAAAUGUUUACAUUCAUUGAAUAUCGUACAAUUCAAUAAUGAUUAUCGUCAUUUUGUUAAUGUAGAACCGUUUUGUGCAAUGUUUCCUCAAAUACGACAUCUUGAUAUUCCAAUUGAUAAUCUUGAUAGUUGCCAAUAUCUUAUUGAACGAUUAGAAAAAUAUUUAAUAAGUAUUGUUUUUCGUUUUCCACACAAUGAUGACGAUGACGACGACGACGACGAUGAUGAUGAUGAUGAUGAUGAUGAUGAAAAUGCUGAACUUAUCGAGUGGGCACAAAGUUUACAACAAAAUCAUCAAUAUCGUCUACGCGAUGGGGAUAUUUAUUUAUGGUUUCAAUAA